AUGGGAGCCGGAAGCAACGAGCAGGCUGGUGCCAGCUUCCAAAGGCUUAUCCUGGAGAAGAAUGGUCUCCAGAUGCAGCAGCAGCCACAGGCAGCGGCAGAGGCCGGCUUGGCGGCACCAGACCCACGCGCGACCGACCAGGGUGGUGGCAGCGCUGUUGGCAGCAGCGGCAGCGGCAGCGCCGGGGACAGCGACGAGCAGGUGCAGGCGGCGCCAGCGGCAGAAGAGCGGCAGGCAGCGCUAGCGGCAGAAGAGCUGCAGGCGCUCCAGGAGGGGCCCAGUUUUGCGGAGGAUGGCGAGGAGGGCGCUGGCGAGCAGGCUUGGGACGAGCAGCAACAGCGGAGCGGCACCGCAGCUGCAGAGCAGCAGGUGCAGGGUGGUGAGGGUGGUGGGGAGGAGGCGCAGGCGGAGGUAGGCCAGCAGGGUGCUGAUGAAGAGUUGGAGAUCUGGGACAGCUCUAUCGAGGAGGAGCAGCAGCAGGAUUCUGCUCAGGGCAGUCGGCAUCACAGGGCGCCCGACCAGCGGCAGCUGCGCUGCGCUGUGGUCAACAACAGGCCGUGGCACCUGGAUGUGGCGGCGGGCCUGGCGUACGCUUUCCAGGCGGCCGGCUGCAACGUGACUCUCUAUCUCCCCACCAAGAACAUCUUUGGCAUCAAGGAGGUGAUGGAGGGCUGGUUCCUGGGCGCCCACUACCCGGCCGGCAACGUGCUCGACGACGCCUAUCAGGCACGCUCAGCCUGCCCCGCCACAACGGCCGCCGCCGCAGCCCACUACGAUGUGUUUGCCCUGGCGACCUUUCCAGAGGCCCACACCACCGUGCUGGAUGCCCUCAUGCACGCCGCCCUGCCACGGCGCAACACCGCCCGCCGCCUGGCCCAGCGCUUUGUGGCGGUGGUGCACAACGCAGACUUCCUGCUGCGGCGGCGCAAGCCCGCGCGCUGGGCGCGCUUCGUGGCCAUGCAGCGCGUGCACAGGGACGUGUGGCAGCGGCGGGACAGGUGGCCGAAGCCGCAGCUGCGCCGCCUGCAGCUGCUGACGCUGGCUCCCUCCACCUCCACCUACCUCACAGCGCUGCUGGAGCAGUGGGCGCUGAGCAGCCGUGGCCCUGCCGGAACCGUCACCGUCCCCUGGAUCGCGCCGCUGGCACCCUGGCUGCCCUCUUUUGCGCCGGGCGCCGGCUUUGGGCGGGCAGAGGGCAGCACGGGCGCCGCGCCCGACGUCAGCACCCUCAGCGACCGUCUGUUCAGCGGCAGCCACACCCACCGCCACCUGUGCAUCCAGGGCAUCCUGGACCCUCAGCGGCGAGACUACGCUGCUGCCUUUGAGGCGGUGUCCCACCCCGCGGUGCUGGCCCAGCUGGCGCGCCGCGACGAGUCCCUGCUGCUGCUGGGCCACGUGUCGAGCCAGCGGGCGCUGGCCAUCCCGCGCCACCUGGCGGGAGUGGCACGCAACAUCAGCGGCCUGCCGUACCGGGACUACUACGACACCUUGUCCCGCUGCCGCGCCAUCCUGCCCGCCUUUGCCUCAGAGAUAUAUCUGGUCAGUAAAACCAGCAGCACGAUUGCCACAGCCAUCAACGUGGGCACGCCACUGGUGGCAGAUAGCAGGGUGCGCGGAGCCUACAGCUUCCUCUCCCGCCAGGCGGUGGUAGCCUACCAGCCGCCCAGCGGCGCCCCAUCUCCCGACAUCGCCGAGACUGCGCGGCUCGACUCCCAGCAGUACCUGUGGAUGGAUGCAGAUGUGAUGCUGGGCGGCGGCGGCCCAUUCAGCUCUGACGAGCACUGGAGCAAGGAGGAGGAGGAGGAGGAGGAGCAGGAGGGGCCUUCGGAAGAGCAGGAGGAGGCAGGCGUGCCUGAGGAGGAGGAGGGAGGCGAGCAGCACGCAGGCAGCGGCGGCUUGGGAGGUGGGAUCGAGGUGGGCCACGACGCUGGUGCAGCCACGCUGCGGCGGGCGCGGCGCCUUGCUGGAUACUUGGCCAGCACAGCAGGCCAGGAGCUCAGCGGUAGCAGCGGCGACGGCAGCAACGCACAGGAGGAGGAGGAGGAGGAGGAGGAGGAGGAGGUGGUGGGCGAGGGGGAGGAGCUUCCAGAGGAGGGCAGCUAUGCGGCCGCGCUGCUGCGGCUGUUUGAGCGCGGCGCCAGCUCAGCGGCUCACGCGGCGACCCGCAGGCUCAAGGCCAGGCUCAUGCAGCACAACCGGCAGGUGGCGGCCCGUAUCCUGCAGGAGGCUGUCCAGCUGGCUGCUGAGCUGGCAGAAGGCGAGCCAGAGGGCUGGACGGCUGAGCCUGAGGAGGAGGCAGGCGGGGUGGCAGGAGCGGCGGCAGCGGUGUCUUUCCCGGCUGCCCAGGCGGGUGCGGCAACCCAGUGA